GAUCAUUGACAUGGGUGCCUCCCAGGUGCUGAUCGAGAAAUGCCACUUCGGGGUUACGACAGUAGCUUACCUGGGGUUUCAGGUGGGAGAAGGCGGGCUCUCGGUGCAGCAGGCGAAGGUGGGGGUGGUUGACAGGCUGAAGGCGCCCACGGAUUGUAGCAUGCUAAGAGCGCAGCUGGGAUUCCUGAGUUACUACUGCAGGUUCAUCCCGAACUUCAGCAAGACAGCCAAGCCACUAAAUCAGUUGUUGAGAAAGGAUGAAGGAUGGAAGUGGUGGAAAGAGCAAGAGAGAGCAUGGACCACCCUCAAGGAGGCCGUGAAGACGGCGCUGCUGCUGAAGCUGCCUAACCCAGACGAGCCUUUCCUGCUGUACACAGACUGGAGCAGCAGUGGGAUGUGCACCGUGCUCUGUCAGGAGGAAAAAGGAACGGAGAGGGUGGUGGCGUACGUCAGCAGGUCAUGUAGCCCGGCGGAGAGCAAUUAUAGCUCGUACGAGGGAGAGGGGUUGGCGGCAGUGUGGGCGGUAGAGCUGUUCCGGCCCUACUUGCAGGGGAGGAAGUUCACGCUGGUGACGGAUCACCAACCACUGCUCUGGCUGAUGACGAACCAAACCCUGAAGGACCGGAACGCUCGAUGGGCUAUGCGUCUACAGGAGUUCGAGUUCGACGUGAAGCAUCGACCAGGGAAAGACUUUGCAGCAUGUGGAUGGCCUAACUCGCCAGAGGCAAGAGGGAGACGAGAGGAGAGAGACGCCAAGUCGCACGGUUUGUUGAUGUGGCACAUGGACGACCUCGGUGUCCCCUUUGCCACGGAGUGCUUCAUCCGGGUCAUCAUAGCCUCCUUCUCCCGUCCUGGCCACGCCGUCAUCAUUCUAACACUCAACAUGCUCUCAUUCUGGCUUAUGGGGGUGGAGCACAGUUUGCGCUUUGAUGCCGACAUGACCAAGAGUCAUGUCGACAACAGCGCCCUGCAGGCAGUCUACCAUUCUGAUGUGAAGAACUGGGCCUGCGCUGCAAUUCGGGCUCGAAGAGUCACUGGGGCACCGGUCUGGCGGGCAGAGUACAGUGCCUGGUCGUUCAGUCGGAGUAGCCGCACUGUUAUGAUUAAUGACGACGUCAUUGGGUUGGGUGAUGCAUCUGUUUAGCAUUUCUAUGUAGUAAUUGUUUGAUAACAUGUUACCAGUGCAUGUGCCGUUGGAUGCGCGGAGUAAUACGCGCGAUUACAAGCGGCGAGGCGAAAAGCUCUGUAGACGCGGCCAAGAUGUUGUUGGAGAAGCACGAUCUCGCCGUAGACUUGAAGACGGUCCGGAACUCAUUACGAUCCGCGGGGCUGAUCGUCGUGCAUCAGCCCAAGAAACCCAGGCUCUCACCGAAAAACAUCCGAGAUCGUCUCGACUUCGUGCG